GUUUCUACAGAUUUAAUAUGAAGUCAAUGUUGCAAUAGCUUUUUGGUUUUCAAAGAGCUGACGCCCUCAGAAAGUGGCUCACACGUGAAGCAAUGGUUUAAUUACAGCAAUUAUCCAUGUGAAUGUAUAUAAACAUUUAAUGCUCUCUUGCUCAUUGGAGAACUAUGUUUGUGUAAAUGCUUGAUAAAUACAGAUUAAUCAUGUGCUUGCAUUAAUAAUUUUCACCAAAGUAAUAAUUAUAAAUACUUAAUGGAAACAUUAUUUUUCAGCAAAACAUUAACAGGUUGAAUUUAACAGUCUAUAAAGUUCAUGAUUCAGCCCCCCCUGCUCCCCCCACUGAAAUACUAAAACUAAGGUUGAUAUCUGAUGUAUUGUUUUACAUUCUAACAUUUUCAAAUAAAGAUUUGUCCAGGAAUGUGGAAGGCAAGUUUCUAUCACUGUUGGGUCAUUUCUUGCUAACCCGGUGAUUACGCAAUAUGCUUGUAUUUGUUGGAAUUGACAUUACUAACCGUGCACACAUUGUUGAGGAGGAGUUUUGUUACGUCAGUACGAUGUGUCUCGUUAUGUUUCUCUUACUGCUAUAAGAGAUGUCAUCUUGUGCAGUUUGAGUGUGAGGCGAUGCUGAGAGAUUCCGGCUGCUCAAACUGUGCAAAAUGUUUUCUGUUAUGAGAAGGCACACCCCAUACACAAGUUAUCAAACCAUGCAGUAUGUGCUAUGCACAAGAUGACAUCCACUGUAGACACAGAACAAGACUGACACAUCCUAAACAGUGAUUGGUUGAUUCCUGCAGAGCAUCUUUGAUUCCUUUCUGUUUGUACUUCCACUGUCUUUUACUUGCUAUGCUCUUACACUUUGGAAUUCACUUCUAUUGGGUAUGAGAAGCAUUUCCACUUCUGUCAAGAUAUUACCAGCCCUGCUCAGAAAUAACACUUUAGUGUCAUGCUCACUUACUGUAAGUGUGCCAAAUGAAUGGAUUUUCCUGUUGAGAAAGCACACCUCAGUGAGCAUUAACAUUGCAAGUGUUGAAUAUGGCGUUAAGACUUCUUUUUGACUAGGCUUGUUGGGUUAAGUGUGGGUGCUUUGGGUUUCUUGAUGCUUAGUAAAAGGGAUCGAUACACCUUUUUAUUCAUUUAUUUACAUCAAUGUAGUUUCAUUGUUAAUAUGAGAAUGUCAACUUUAACUUAAUGCUUGCAAAAGGAAGAACAAGUGAGAUCUGGGACUGGAGAUGUUUUUUGUGCUUGCACUGGAAUAUUUGCAUUUAAAUGUGCUCGUGCAGAAGAGAUAUUCAACAUGCUGCAGGAAAUCAUGCAGAACAAUAGCAUAAGUGUUGUGGAAGAGCCAGUAAUGGAACGAAACCACAACCAGACAGACUUGGAAGCUCCCAGGACACCCCGCACUCCCACCACCCCUGGCUUUGCUGCCCCUAGUCUACCCAAUGGAUGCCCACGGUACCCUUCAUGUGGAGAUGCCUCGUCGCGCCCCUCGAGCAGACACCCGUCUGUAGGAAGUGCCCGCCUUCCUUCUGUGGGGGAGGAGUCCACACAUCUCUUAUUGGUAGCUGAUGAACAAGUCCACACGUACGUGAACACCACAGGGAUGCAGGAGGAGCGGAGGAACCGGCCCAGCAGCCACAUGCCUCUGGAGCUCCGGCUCUCCAACACUGAGAGCAUCGGCAGUGGCGGGGGCGGGCAGGCAGCGCAUGGGGACUUGUGCCCUGCAGAGGAGGGGGAGCCCCAAGUCUUGCUCGAGCCUGAGGGCGUCAAGUUUAUUCUAGGACCAACGCCUGUUCAGAGACAACUAAUGGAGAAAGAGAAAGAAGAGACCGGGGCUGAGGACCAAGCUAGCGGCGGGGCUGCGGUUACAGGGGGUUGUGUUAACGGAGUGUCUGCUGACAGUGCCGGCACGAACCCCAUAGACUGUGACACUGGCUACGACAGUGACGAACGCAAGGAGGCCUCUUCCAAUAACAAACUGGCGUACGAGAAACUGAACGGCUUUUCCCUGCCUAGCGCGCCUCCUCCCCGAAGGGGCAGGAUUCCCACGCCGAACGGCUCGGACUCUCACAACGCUAACAACUCUGCUCAGAGGAGGACAGCUCUGUUAAACUAUGAAAACCUCCCCUCACUGCAUCCUGUGUGGGAAGUUUCGAAACCAAGCAAGGAGGAGGAGGAGGAUAGUUUUGGACCAAAGACGCCGGCUCUUAACGGCUAUCACAAUAACCUCGACCCAAUGCAUAACUACGUCAACACAGAAAAUGUAACCGUUCCGCAAAGCGCCAACAAGCCGGAGGUUGCGAGGCGCCGGGACUGCACCCCAACAGUGUUUAACUUUGACUUCAGGCGCCCCAGUCUGGAGCACAGACAGCUCAACUACAUUGAGGUUGAGAUGGAAAGAGGCAGUGACUCCAGCAACCCGCAGACCCCCAAAACACCCACCACUCCUCUCCCCCAAACUCCCACCAGGCGAACAGAACUCUACUCUGUCAUAGACAUAGAACGGACUGCUGCAAUGUCCAGUUUGCAGAAAGCACUGCCACGAGACGAUGGUACUUCAAGAAAAACACGACACAAUAGUACUGACCUGCCUAUGUGAGCCUAGAAAGCACUAUUUUAUAAGUUGCACCUUUUUUUUUUUUUAAGUUUUAAAGAAUACUGCAAAAAAUGAAGACAACCAGGGCUUCAGGUACUUUUUUGUUUUCCCUUUCCAAAUAUAAUAACUAUAAAUAUAACCUUUAGAGUCUAAAACUAGAGGGGGAGUUGCACUGGCUACUUUGUGCUAACUUUAAAGGGAAUUCAUAUAACACUAUUGUAUUCUGCUAUUUACAGCAUUCAUUUUCAGUGCCUAUUUAAUUCAAUAGACUUGGAGUGAAAUGCCAGUAAUAUGAGUGGUGACGUUUCUGAUCACAUACCUCUCUUCCUGUAGUAAGUCAAUGUGGGCUUUAAACAAAAUAAAAUAAAAAAUGUGCAACUUUGUUUUAAAAUGCAACACUUCAUAAUAAUGCAGAUUUGUGUGUUGCAUUGUUUGGUACUACUGUAGCAAUGCAUCUCCAUUUAUAUACUGCCAAAUCUUUGAAAUGAGCAAAGAAAAAGACAAGAGGACGGUACAGAAAAACUAACUGAAUGUGUACCAAAACUAGGAUUCGAGUUUUAUUAAGUGCAAUUUUGUUUCAAUCCCACUCAAAAGACCUUUUGUGUUUUCAGAGGACGACUGGCAUGCUUUGAAAGCCCUUUACAUGCAUGCAAGCAAAAUUAAAUGAAUUAAUUGGAGCCUUUUUAUAAACUGUUGAGCCAACAAUUGUUUCUUUUUAAUUGACUUGCUGUUACACCACAGUAGUGCUCAGUAUCAUACUGGUAAUUCAAAUUCAAUCUGUUUACUAUGUAUGAAACUGUCAAACAUUUCCAUAGGAUCCUGAAUCUCAAGUUCACCCUUUCAUGUGUUUUAUCUUUGCAUUGUAUUAUAUUGUAAGAUUUAUUGUGUAUCCUAACUUGCAUUAUAUAUAAAAAAAAUCUUCCUACCUUAAACAUAACUAUAGGAACUGUGUAUGAAUGUAGUUUGAAUAGAUUUGUUUAAUAAAACAAUUAAAUUGUAGUUUUAAAUGAAAUGAGGAUACACCCUUGCCAAACAAAGUCUUAGACAAAGUAUGCUCUGAAUGUUUCCACAUUUGGGUUCAUUUCAGCUGUAAACAUUCCUUAAUAUGUGUGGUGUGUUUUUGGGCAAGUUAAAGAUAAAUACGAUGCAGAAAAGUAACCAACACUUUUUUUGUUUUAAUUUAUUUUUUAUUUAGCUGUGCCACAUCAAUGUACAAGCAUUUAAGUUAGUUUAUUUUGAUGUUUGCAUUUUCAGGUAUGGAUAUAGUUUACCAAAAUGUUCAUAUUUAAGAAAACCACAGUGUCUGUAUUUUUAAGAUAUCUACAUCUUUUUUCAGAUGUCGUCAGUGCCAACACCAUUUUUAAAAUUAUUUUAUUUUAACUUUUAUUUUGUAGCAUGGCAAUAAAAUAAAUAAAAAAAAAAAAAAAAAAAAAAAGAUUUGACAUUGUAAUAGACAUGAUGUGCACUGCCUUUAUGUGUUUUAUUCCCCCAAGCCUGAAUUUAAAAUCCCCAGCACUGUUUGCUGCAACAUUUGGCACUGUUUGCCAGACAACCAUCAUCUUUAUUGUUGUUCUACAAAUAAAUUACCGGUAAGGUCAGAAACAUUUUAAAAACUAUGAAGGGAUAUUCUGAGGUGUGGGUGCGUAUUGGGCUUUGUAAAUCAUGUAUUGAAGUAGCGUCUAACUUCUCUUUAGUGUCCUUAAGGAGAUGUACAGGAGAUUUGCCAGUUUUUUUAAAAGUUAAUUAUAGUAUCUCUUAUUACAAACUGAGGAAAUCAAGUUGGCUCAAAAGUAGGCGAUGAUGUACAAAGGGGUAUUAUAGUGAAUGCAUGUUUUGUAUACUAGACUGCAAUUGAAAAAAGGGACACUGAAAGUUUAAUGAACGGCAAACACCACAGAAGUUAACUGAUUGCUCUACAUGUGCACCAAAGUGACUGAUCUGGAAAGG